CCUUUCCCCUGCUGCCUGCAAAAUCUUUUCCAGCAACAACAGCAGCAUCACUGGGGCGGUUUUCCACAGCUCUCCGCUUCCCCUCCGGCCGCUUGAGGGAGCCGGUUCUUGGCGGAUCCUCCUUUCUUUUUUUUAAUUUCUUUCUCUCUUUUUUUAAAUUUAAUUGGACUAUAAAUUAGAAAACAGAGAAGGGAGGGAAGCGCAAAGCGGGCACUGGCUGCAGGCAGGAUAAGGUCCUCCUGCCUUUUAAGACGUUUGCUGCAGCCUUUCUGAAAUCCCUCUUGUUGCAGAAUAUCAGCCAAUCUCUCCCCCCCCCAACCCAAUAAAAUGGGGUGCUUUCCCCAUUUCUGCCUUCUUGCACUCUUUUACCUGGGAGCCUCUCAAAUUAUUCCCCGGCUGAGGCUGAUUCCAAAAGAUGUCACGACGCGAACUUUCAAUCAGAAGGAACAGCUGUUGGCCAUGUUCCACGAGGCUGGGUCCUCCCAGCUGAUUGUCGGAGGGCGAGGGACAGUCUGGGUUCUGACCUUUGAGGGUCCUGACAUCACACCCACCGAGGUGUCAGUGCGUGUUGAAGAGAAGGCCGAGAGGGAUUGUAAGAGAGCAGAGAAGGGCAACUGUGAUAAUUUCAUCCAGAUGAUCGAAAGAAUAGAGAAUAAAACUCUGGUCUGUGGAACAAAUGCAGGUUCUCCCAAAUGCUGGAUUCUGGUCAACACAACACUGCAGAGAAGCAGCCAGGGACAAAUUUUCACCAUGGUAGGAGAAAAUGUCAUCUCAGCCUCACCGUCACAAAAAGCCGUCACCAUCGCCAUCGAAGACAGCCUUUACUCAGCCUUAUCUGGGAAUAAAAGUUCCUUCCAGAGGAGUUACGGACGGAAGAAAGGGAUCAAGACGAGGGACAGUUGGAUCAGCAAUGCUGAAUUUGCAGGAGCAGCCCUCCUCCAGCACAAAGACCGAAGGAAAGACGAAAUUUUUUUCUUCUACAAUGAGGUCAACCGGUCAGCUGGCCUGGAUGAGGAGCUGUACAAAGUUUGGGUCGGCCGCGUGUGCAAGAUGGAUCAAGGAGAGAAGCCAGCCUCCGGUGACUUCUGGAGCACCUUCCUCAAAGCGAGGCUGGUGUGUGGGCGCCCCCACGAACCCCUGAGUUUCCACCGCCUGGAGGACGCCUUUGUUUUCAGACGGGAGGGCCAGGCCGAGACGUUGUACGGGGUCUUCUCCAGCCCAUGGGGCACCUCUGCGGUUUGUUCAUACUCCAUGAAUCGAAUCCGCUCCUAUUUUGAAAAUUCCAACUUCAAGGAUGCUCCAGGCGCCGUUCCUCAUCCCAGACCUGGCACGUGUGUUCCACCGGAUUCCAGCUCUUCCUUGGCCAAAAUGCUGGCCUUCAUUAAGGACCACCCAGAGUUAGAAGCCGUUGUUUAUCCAGAUGAGGAACAACCGCUGUAUGUCCUUCAGAUGAACGAUACGUACACUCAGGUGGUGAUGGAUAAAGUACGGGAUGCCAACAAUGUCCCCCGUGAUGUCCUCUUUCUUGGAACUUCCAAAGGGAAGAUCCACAAAGUCCUCCAAAGCAAAGAACAGAUGGUGAUCAUCGCUGAGUUAAGCCCCUUCAAGAUUGAAGCACCUGUCACCCAGAUGAUCCUGGAUGCCACCACGGGCCAUCUCUACGUGAGCACUGAGUUUGAAGUCACACGUCUACCCUUGCAAGACUGCAGCCAGUAUAAUGGAAAUUGUUGGAAGUGCAUCUUGGCCCAGGACCCUUACUGUGGGUGGGAUGCAGCUGGAAAGAGUUGUUCUGCCAUCUCCCAGGAAAACCACACCAACAGGUUGAUUCAGAACCUGGAUUCGUCCAGCACCACUCAGGCAUGCAAAGCUGCUGAAGAAAAAUUAGCCCCAGACGCCAUCAAGAAAGUCAGCGUGGACCGUACGGCUUACAUCUACCUGCCCUGCCCGCUAAGGUCCCACCAUGCCAGCUACAGUUGGGUCAAGGACAAGAAAGUUUACCCCUGUUCCAUGGAGGACCAAUCUUGCACACUUCGCUUUGGCCAGGACACGCCGAUCGACGAAGGUGUCUUCAAAUGCACAGCUAGAGAAAAAGGCUACAAGGAGGAAAUUAUGGCUUUUGAGGUCGCUCUUAGUCGUGACGUAAUCCUGGAGCUCUCUCUGACACUUUCAGGAGCCACCUUCCUCGCCAUAAUGAUCCUCUUGCUAUAGACCAGAUCCGUAGCUAGGAGGGGAUCCCAUCACACUGCCAAAAAAAAAAAAAAUCUUUUUUCCAUCGCUGUCCUUUUUUCCAAAAGAACUGACUUUGGAGACAUCAAGCCGCAUACCGAGGACUCCAAAUUCCAGGAGAGAGACGUAGGUCUCCGUCUGGACGCUUCGCACAUGCGUUUUUCCUCCCUCCGGGUCACCAGGCUGUCCAACCGUACAUACGAGGUUGGUUUGUUUGGCCAUUUCCAGAAGUGCUCAAGGUCUGAUGGUGGUAGGAGAGCCUUAAGAGCCAGGAAAAUAAAGAUGUGUGGUUUUUUUUCUGGGGAAAGAAAGCAACGGAUGAGUUUAUUCUGAUCUGGAAGUGAAAUUUAAGGAAGUCCCUCUAAAUAUAAUGAGGUUCUCAUUUGGCUUCCUGGUGACCCUUGCUGAGCUGGUUUCCCCUCCAGCUUUGAAGGGCAAAAUAUUUUCCAGGUUUUGCAAGAAAUAUAUUCCGGGCAUGACAUCUUAUCCUGUCUUUUUAACUCUUCUUGUUGCAUGUGUGCUACGCAACUGCAAUUUUUUUUUAUUGCCACAAACAUCCAAGCUGGUUACGCCUCUCAGUUCAGCCUUGAAGGAGCUGAGCUCUCAGCUUCAUGAGCGUCGGGGGAGAAAAAUGUAGAAAAAUAGCAUUAACAUCAUUGGCUUUUUUUUUUAAUUGUGGCAAGGGAAAUAAUUGGCUUAAUCUCAUUCUGCGUUAACAUCCCUCCAAUAACAGAAGGUCACCUUAAAAGACUUGGAGAUGCAUCAGUGGCAAGAAAGGAAACGAUAGAAUGAUAUUGAAUUGUAUCUCGCAGCUAGUUGGACGAUGCUCAGAAUCCUUUAACAAUAGCAAAUGUUCGUUUUAAGCUGUGCUACGGUUACACCGGUUUUAUUCCAGUUAGAAGCCGAAGCAUCGCACCCUGGAAGCGUAUUUUCACCAAGCUACGCUGCACUCUAAAUGUGAUUGCAUAGUGACAACUACUGCUAAAGUGCUUUGCGUCUGCAUUUUCAAUUUUUCCACCGUGGACUUUCCAUGGAUCAAACUCAGGGGGGGGGAGGCUUUUAAACUCAGAUGGGUUAUAGUUUCUAUUUUCUCAAAGGGUUUGGCUGUGUACAUGAUUAAACAGCAGCUUGCAAAUAUCAGCCUCUGUUAAAAACUAGCAUAACUUGCAGUCCUUGUUUUAAAUCUUAUUUAUGGAUUGCGCUCCAUGUUUGUAAUCUUAUGUGUCAUUCUGAAUACACGCAAUUACAUUCUCUA